AAAUUGAUUGGACCCGUGAACUCAAAAUGUUGUACCCCCCAAAGAAUCUAAAAGAAGCACGGGUUGGGAGUGAGAGGGAGACCUUGGUUGGCUUUUAUUGCCCCUAAAUCUCUAUCCAACUCAGUGAAGUGAGUCCGUGAGUCUCUGAUAAAAGUGGGGCGGUUAUGGGCAUGGGCUGCAAUUGCUACCCAAUUUGGUUGCCUGAGAGAUUUGAUCAGUUUGUGUGUUAUUUAUGGAUAAGAUCUGCUGCUCCAUUGAACUGGAGCCUAGGACUUUAAAGCAAGGACAGCUCAAUCACGUUAGGGAAGUGGCCGCAGAUGUUGUUCAAAAAUUGGAACCCCAUGAAGCAUCGACCUUGUUCGUUGAGGGACUGAGAGCAGUGGAUUCAACGAAAAAGAUGGAGCAGAAAAUUGAUGAAGAAGUAGUGGUGGAGUUCAAGGAGAAGACUGAAUUGAUUGAAAGACCUUGCCAAUGCGCAUGCCUUAAUACCAAUUCAGAGACUCCGGUUGAACACGAGCUUAAAGAACCUCUUUCAGCCCCAUUUUGAAUCACUUUUUAAGUCUCAGUGCAUUCAAUUACAUAGUGUUGCUCAUUUUACAUUUCAUUCUUUAGGUAUAAAUGUAUUGUAAACAAACUGCUAAUUAUGGAUGAUUUAUGAUUUGGCAAUAAAUGUGACCACUUGUAUGCA